AUGUCAUAUCAAACAGAAUAUACUUCAACUUUAUUAAAUAUUGAUACUACAGAUAAACAACUAUUAUCUGUCGACAUUGGUUUCGAUUCGAAAUCACCAGAAAAAGAAAAGAAUUUAAAUAAUAUAACAAUAGGUUGUUUUAUUAUACCAUACAUUGAAAAUGAUGUAGCUUUGGUUAAACUAAGACAAUUUUUUAAUAAUCAUCCUUGCCAAAAUUUUACAAACAAUGAUGUUUAA